AAUACAUUAAAGGCGUAUCCCGGCAAGCAUUAACUAGGAAAGCAGUGCACCUGUGAGGGAUGUAACCAUUGCACAAACGGGGUAUUUAAAUGUGCCCUGGCAUGGUACGAAGGAUGCUGGCAAAUAGAUUCAAUCUAUUCACCGAGUCUAAGCGCUUUUCAGCGUCUCCUCCUACCCGAUGUAUUUACUGAAACUCUAGUGCUAUGCUGCAUUAGUAUUGUACUGUUAAUUGAUGGAGGUAAUGCAAAGUAUAUAUACAACGUGCUGGCAGGAGAAAAGUGGCUAUUGGUAUCGGGUGACUCAAGCACUGGCAGGAGCAGCUUCAUUCUUGAGAGUGAAAGACCACAGACGUUUACUAGGAGGGGACCCGGACCCAUCCCCAGUUAGAUUUGACGAAGAAAAGCGCAGCCAAGAGUUGUCUGGGUGGAGUUGUAUUGAAACAAGCAGGUUUUAGGGCUGGUUUAGAAUCGAGUCUUGUUUUUAGCCACCAGUAUCCUGGGUUUGAAGCUGAAAUGAAGCCCGGCGGGCUUGGC